AUGGCGUACUUUGAAAGAGUUACUAAAAAAGUGUUAAUGUCAGAUGAAACUGCUGAUACAUCUCCUGCUACUUCUUGCAAAAGCAUUCAAAAUGCCGUAAUUAUGGGUCGUAAAACUUGGGAAUCUAUUCCGCCUAAAUUUAGACCUUUGAAAGAUCGAUUAAAUGUUGUUUUGUCUAAAACUUUAAAACCUGAAAGCGAUACAUACGUGAUUAAUUCAUCUCUUGAUGAAGCUGUUGCUAAUCUUGUUGACAAACCUACGAUUUCACGCAUUUUUAUAAUUGGUGGUGGAUAUGUCUAUAAAGAAGCAAUAGAAUCACCCCUUUGUGAAUAUAUUCUUAUUACUAAAGUGUAUAAAAAUUUUAAUUGCGACGCCUUUUUUCCAAAGAUUGAUGAAAAUCUAUAUGAAUUAGCAAGUCAUGAUGAAUUGGUAAACUUUACUGGUGAUGAUGUUCCUAAAGGUAGACAACUGGAUGGUGACAUUGAAUAUGAAUUUUUGAUGUAUAAAAGAAAGUAA